UGCGGAUUAAUUUGUUUUUUAUCCAAAACCCAAACGUGGAAAAUGUCAAAGAGAAAGAAAGGUGGAAAUGCUUCUGCAAAGAUAGAAUAUGACCAGACAGAUAGCAGAUCUUUUUUCUUAGGCAAGUUUGCAAAUGGAUUGGUUAAGGAUGAACACAGGAAAGACCUACAUGGGAAGCUGCUCACCCACAAGAACAGAACAGAUCAACGAACGAAGAAUAACAAAACUGUUGUAAUGGAAUCUUCGUCCAUGACAUAUAUUGGGAAGAAUCAUGGCCCGACCAGUUUGAACUCUGCAAAAGGAACACUAAGGCAGUAUGUUGGGAUAUAUGACGAGAAGACGGGCAAGAUGAGAGUCUGUGACGCGGAGAUGUUUCACAUGGUCCCCUUCAUACCAGGCCUUGACAAGGUGCAACCUGAAACCCCAGACAAAGAAAAAUCAUAUGUGGAAAAGUUUGGAAGUCUGGUCGAGGCGUUUGGGAGCAAGAAGAAGAAGCAGAGUUUUGAGAAGAAACAUAGAAACAGGAUAGAUGCCGCUGAGAUGGAGGGAGUGAUGGCGGUGGAUGCCCGCCACGGUCAGGAACAUGUCCGGUCCCGACAGGAAGAGAAAGAGCGUUUAGCUGAGCAGAUAGAUAGCCUUAGUGCCCUGCCUGUGUGUAACAAAGAUGCGGAGAACGUGGAAGACGUCUAUACCCUUGAUACAGUGGUUACGCAGUCUGAGCUGGACCUGCUGCAGAAUCUGGCCCAGGAUUUCUUUAACUGUACAGCAGACAACAUUCGCGAGUGGAGUGAAAAAAAAAAGUACCCACUGUAUGUGUUGACCCACCUUGCCACGAUGCCCGUGGAUGAGAGUCUCCGCUGGCAACGCUGUAAACUGCUUGUGUACUUGCACUCCAUGCUGCGUCUCUACAGUGUGUCACCCAGCCAGCUCAACCAGCCCAAGUCUUUCAGUGAAUUACCCCAAACAAUCCGGCAUAAACUGUUUGACAACUUCACAGUUCGCGUUAGACAAUCAAGAUGCAAGCCUACGAGGUUGAAGGAUCGCCUGGCAGCAUUUGUGCUGGUGUUAUGUCUCCAUAUAGAUGAGUUCUCCACGGAUAUUGAUGACAUCACGUGUGACCUUCACAUUGGCAGACACAAGGCUGUGCAGAUAUUGCGAGCACUGGGCUGUCAGGUAAAACGUAAAAUAAAGGACAAGGCAGAGCACUUUGUGGGCACCCUGGCCCUACCCCUUCAGUUCCCCUUAGAGGCCUCCAAGGGAGGGGGCAAGCGAAGAAGAUGAGGCCCAGUUUAGGGGAUAGUGGAAAUAUGGGCUUAAUGCCUCAAAAGAACGAUGAACUUGGAACUAGCUGAAAACUUGUAACAAUUGUCAAAAAUAAGAAGGGUGAUCAGCCAAAUUAUGUCUCCCUUAAUAGAGGGGAGAUGUUGAUUAUGUGCUGUCUGACAGUCUGGAUGGAUUGGUUUACAAUUUGUCUGGACUACUGCUCUAAAAUGACUGGUUCAAUAGUAAUGAAUCUUCCUAAGUGCAUUCAUUUUAAAGCUUGGUUAAUGCAUAUUGUCCUUGUUUGAAGAUUGGACAGUCAUUAUGGCAAAGGUGAAUGUCACAAAGGUUGGACACUAAAACAUGGCCUUCAGUCUGUCGAUAUUGCUUCAAAAGUAUUAAUAUGACGUUUCAAUACAUUUCUUUACAAUUCUAAGAGUUUUACUUGAAAAAAAAUAUGGUUUCUGCUUAUUA